AUGGAGUCAGAGGGAGAGCACUACGACUUUGAAAGGAAUGUUUGGGACGAAGAUGACUAUGGGACAUUAAAAAUGUCCAUGGCGGAACUUAAGCAGUUCAUUACCAAGUCCAUGGUUGAGAAGAGUAAGCUGGAUGCAUGCUUGGACAUAUUCCUUGUGGAACUUCGGGAUAUUCCCAACGAAGCCGACAACAAACUCCUGGAUUUCUCUGGAUAUACGGGCAAGAGCAAUGAUAAACUACAACACGCCGCGAGUAAACUGCGAGAGAACAUCGAUACUCUCCUUCCGGGGUUCCUGGAACUUCCCACUGGAUCCAAUAUUCUGGAGAAUGAGAAGUUAACGGAGAAACUUCGUGAUCGAGUGGAUCGCCUAGGUAGAGACAGCCUGAGCAAGUCCGAGUUUGGAACGCAGUCCUUCCACGCCGCACAGAAGAGCUUUCUGGAUACCCUCGUGUCUAGAUACUGUCGCCAGUCAUCACAUGGACGAACGAAUUCGGAGCCAGCUCCAUUAAGCGAAAGUGCAUUUGACAAAUCUUGCCAACAGCUGGGGCAAUUUAUCUCUGGCGAAAAGGCCUCCGCAACUUUUGCCUGUGGGGGUUCCGUAUCCAUUGGCGACAACUUACCCCCAGGAACCCACGAUGUUUCACCACCAGUUCGCAUCUCCUGGACAGCCAAGGAUGGUUCAUGCGAGCACAAAGCAAUGCUUCCCGUCAGUGGCAGUAAUCAACUUAGUGCUGAACAGCUUGCUCAACUGGUUUCAGACUGUGAGGUGGCGAGAUUUGGUAAAGGGGAGAAAGAGAUUGUGGAUCCUGAGUACCGCAAAGCUGGCAAGCUUGAUCCUACUCGAUUCCUGAGUAGCUUCCAUCCCGCCAACCUCCAGAUACUUGAUGAUGUUGAGCAGCUUCUUGCACCCAACUUCAACAGUCUGACGGAGAAUCAGCUUCCGUUUCGAAGUCUGAAAGCAGAACUUUACAAACUCAAUGUAUACUCGGGGCCAGACGGGCUGUUUCGGAAACACGUUGACACCCCACGAUCCAAGACACAGAUUGGAUCUCUCGUUGUUUGCCUACCGUCUGCAUUCAAAGGUGGAAGACUAACCGUACGCCAUCAUGGAAAUGUCGUCGACUUUGACUGGAGCGCUCGCAGCGAUUCGGUCAUACAAUGGGCCGCAUUCUAUAGUGACUGCGAGCAUGAAAUCAAAGAGGUUACGGAGGGCCAUCGGGUUACCUUGACAUACAAUCUCUUUGUCACUGAUUCCGGCUGUGGAUCGAUUCCUCGGAACGUCAAUAUCGACCCCAAAACGUUGCCUCUAUAUCAAUUGUUGAGAGAUCUUCUUGCCAAACCUGGCUUCAUGAAGGAAGGUGGAAUUCUCGGUGUUCACUGCUCACAUGCGUAUCCACAUGCAUCCUCACAAGCCCAAGAGCUUCUCCCCAGGGGCCUUGAAGGUGCUGACUUGGCGGUGUACUCAGUACUAAAGUCUCUUGGUAUAGACGCCCAUGUGCUUCCUGUUCUCAGAGAGAAACACGAUGAUGAUCUCGAGGAGGUCGCGGUAGGAGAUAUGCUACGAUUUCUGCGCGAUGGGGAGGAGUUUGAACCAACAUUUGCUCAAAUCCCCCAAAUUUUGCCUGUCGAAUCAGAUUUGGAAAAAUACUGGAAGAUGCUCUACCUCUCCCGCAGACUACAUGGUACAAGAAAGAUAAUGCAAUUCGCAAAGGAAAGAAAGUUAAUGGAUCCUGGGCUGUUCCAGGACAGAAAAGGAAACUACUUUGGGACCGAGUUGCAUCGAUACUCGGUUGAUCAACACAUGUUUGAUAUGGGCGAACCAAUCUCAGAGGCAGUCAAUAGGCACUGGCCCGCACAGUUCAUCCCAGGCAUUACCUGGAUUUCCGAGCCUUUAAACAAGGAAAUGGCGUUUUCGUACCUGGCCGAAGGCAAUGAGCCCUCCAUUAACACAUUCUAUUCCUGCGCUACGAUACUGGCUGCGGUCCCUCCAUUUGACCAACGCCAGCCCACGCGGGAAAGAGAUGCUGGCAAAGUGCAUACAGACGGGGAAUAA